UCAUGGGUCUAAAGGCGAGACCACAGGACAAUCUCCGGUCAGUUUGUGUAUACACGCCGAGGCAGAAGAACCUGCUAUAUAAUAAUUAUAUGUUAUUAUUUACUACACGAUAUAUAAAACAUUACUUUACGAAAUAAUGUUUCUAUCAAAUAUUUUGAUAUGUGUCCUUGUGUUGUAUAGUUGCGGAGCAGCUCAUGCAAAAGAAUGCAACGACUGCCUACCAUUGCGUUCGUGCCAGGCGGCCCUGGAUCUUGCAGUCGUGAAAAAGAACGAUGAAUCCAGACGACAAUUCAGAAAUGCCUUCUGUGGAUACGAAAACAAUGAACCUAAGGUAUGCUGUUCAGAUUUCCCCGUGGACAGUGACGCUGAAAUCGAAAACCAUCCGAACUUACCACUCUUGCCAAAGGACUGUGGAGACAUCGACGGCAGCCGUAUCGUCGGUGGCAGAGUUGCCAAACUGUACGAGUUUCCCUGGAUGGCACUCAUCUCUUACAACACACGCGAUGGACUCCAAUUCCAAUGUGGAGGCAGCGUGAUCAGCUCUAAAUACAUUUUGACGGCCGCACACUGCGUCGUGCCUACCAAGAAGAUCGCGGGUGUGCGGAUCGGAGAAUUCGAUAUCCUUAGCAGGAACGACUGCCAGGGGGAUCAGUUUAAUUCUAUCUGCGAAUCUAACCUCCAGGACAUAUUAAUUGAUGAUGUAAUUAUUCAUCCGCAAUAUAUAGGCGAACCACCAGUGCAAUACGACAUCGCGCUUAUUCGUCUUCAAACACCAAUCGAUUUCUCAUAUAAAAACGCAGGACCAAUCUGUUUGCCAGUUCCAAAGAAGCUCCGUGAUGUGGACCUUGGGGGCAAGAACGCCACCGUCGCCGGCUGGGGGUCUACUGAAGCAGGCACCGACUCAUCGUUGCUGCUGAAGGUUGACGUCCCCAUAAGGACGGGGGAAUCUUGCCGGAAAUACUACAACAAGAACUCAGGACCGGGCACAGAUAGGACUGACAAAACCCUCUGUGCCGGUGAAUACAAGAAGGACUCCUGCAGCGGCGACUCUGGCGGCCCGAUGAUGAUCGAGGACGAGUAUGAUGGGGUGUUCCGACUGAUCCAGUAUGGCAUCGUCUCCUACGGACCAAGGCAGUGCGGUUCCACGUACCCCGGGGUCUACACUGAUGUCACUAAGUUCGUCAAAUGGAUUCUGGACAACCUUAAGCCCUGAGGUGGACUUAGUAGAAACCCCCGUAAUGCUGGCGCCAUUCAUUAAGCCGCUAAAGCCAGGGUGCGAGUCGUCUUUCUCUACUUGCCUGGAUCUGCUAGGCUUGGCUAACGUCUCGAAAAAUGGCUCAGCUAACAGCACCGGCAUGACAUGUGUAAAGACCAGCAAAUGCGUCAAUUUGAGCGAUGUGGUGACAAAUAAUGUACUGUACGUGUUUGUGUGUGUGCUUUUAAUUUUAUGAGUACUUUUAAAUAAAAUUAUUACAUUUUUAAGCCGAAA